UGCAAAUGAAUUGAAGCAGACGAGCAGAAGCAGUACGCCGUGGUCAUUCUCUCCAUUUCUCCACCUCCUGACUCGAUUUCGAAGCUGCUGAGUCUGUGACGACGAAGUCGAACCUCCUGUGGGCUGUGGCUGUUGUGUUAAAUCAUCCCAAUUCCACCGCCUCACGCCGAUUUCUGUGCCCUUGCAUUUGGUGAUUGCAAGCCGCAAUCAUGACAGAGGCCCCUCCAUCUCGAAAACCAGUCCAUCAUUUAGGGAUUCAUGAAACAGUGCCACAAGAAUCAUCAAUUACACUCUUGGUACGACAUCUCCCGGAGGCAAUUCCACAUGAUACCCUCUCCAGACUCUUCUCUCACUAUGGCGCCUCUUCUGUCCGCCACUGCACUUACGGAAGAGCGAGAAAUUGUGCAUUCGUUGAUUUUAAGAACGAAGCUUUGGCUUCUCAAGUUCAAAAACAGUUACAUGGGUUAAAAUUUCUUGGCAAAGUUUUGUCAGUCGAGAGAGCCAGAGAAUUAGUUGAGGACAGGAAGCAUCAAGAAAGAGAACCUCAAACAAGGAAGGACGUUGUUUUGACAAACAAUUCUUCCUUUGUGAUAGAUCUCAAUGACAGUUCUAGAAGGGAUUCCGUUCAUGCUAGAGAACCCAUUUCACAAAAACUUGGUGUGGAGUAUCCAUUUCCUCCUCACCUUGAAUAUGCGUACCCCCCACCUGAUGGAAAUAUUUUGACCAACAUUGUAAAUGCUCUUAUUGCCGUUCCUCGCUUCUAUACACAGGUUUUGCACUUGAUGAACAAAAUGAAUAUUCCAGCUCCAUUUCAUGCGGCAUUGCCCACUCCACCUCUGCCAGCAUCAGAGCCAGUUCCACCUCCUCCUCCCACAUCUCCACCUCCUUCAUUAGCUACAAAGAUUGACAUGGAAGAACAAUCAAGUAGCGAGUCAGAAAUGGAGUCUUCAGAUGAUGAGGAAGUACAAGGAGAGGUUGGAUCUAAAAGGAAGCGCGUCAAGCGACAAGCUAUUUUAGGUCCUGCAGUUGACAAGGAUGUGGCUCAUGAAGCUGUUGGACUGAAACCAGCCACCUUAAUUCCAAAAGAAAAACCAGUAGUAAAAAAGAAGAACCCUGUAUUGCAGAUAAAAAUAGUCCCCAAACAGGUUCAAACUGAAUCAAAGGAUGCUGGUUCCACAAUGGAAUCGCCAGAGCCAGACAAAGAGAUGGGUGAUUAUAAACCUUAUGCAACCCUAGAGGAACUAAAUCUUGGAAAGUUGCCUCCGGAAGAACUUUUAUCACUUCCAAUGUUUAAGAAUUAUACUGCUGGAAAUCCUGCUUCUGUUUUGUACGUAAAGAACUUGGCAAAGGAUGUUGUUGUAGAUGACUUCUAUUAUAUAUUUGGAUCAUUUUUUGGGAGCAUUGAUGUAUCCAAAUCCAAUCUCAAUGUGAAGUUAAUGCAGGAGGGGAGAAUGAGGGGCCAAGCUUUUGUUACAUUCCCAUCAGUUGAACUUGCUCACAAAGCUUUGAAUGCAGUAAAUGGUUAUGUAUUUAAAGGCAAGCCUAUUGUCAUCCAGUUUGGCAGGAGUCCUGCAGCUGUUAAAGCAAACCAAACAGAGCAGCAGUAAUUGCCUACACAAGGAAGAACUCAAUACGGAAAACUCUUCAUUCUCUGUUUUACGGUUUUCUUAAUGAGCUAAUGGCUUAACAUCACAAUCUCACAGGCUAUGGUUCGGGUUGCAUAUGACCCAUCUUGAUUAUAUUGGUGGAUGUAUUCUUGGAUACGUGGCUGCUCGGAGAGGCCAUGUGUGUACCUUCGAUUAGGGGGCAAUUCACGGUCUAUUGCUAAUGUUUAUUGAAGGUUCAGGUACAGUUUUGUCCCUUGUUGCUUGGAGUUGUUUAUGAAUAUAUGGAUAUGUAAGGCCCUGUGUAAUAGUAACUUGGAACAGAAACAUUCUACUCUUAAUUUGGAAGUGAAUGGCUUGAUAAAUGGUUCUUGUUACUUGCAAUUUUAUGUUAA